UCUGUGAUCAUUCAAAGUCUGGUAAUACACAACGAACGUGCUUGCUGCUGGCUGUUGGAGAGUGCCCUCUUCUAUCCGAUCGGAUGUUGAGCAUAUGCAGCCGCAAUACAAAGCGAACGGUACGGCACGCACGGUCUCGAGACUUUGCCCAGGCGGUUCGGUGGAUGUAUGGUUCACUCUGUUCGCUCUAACGAUAUCCAGAAAUGUGUAUAUUCUUCGGUCGGAACCAUGCGGGAUAAGACGGUCGGUCGGUACAAUUUAGAGAUAAUUCGUUAAAAUGUGCUUCUUUAUUCAACUCAAGUGACACAGCGAUUGAAUGUUUUAAUGCUGCGGCUAAUGUGGUUUAUUCCAGCGAGUGGACACGAGUGAUUCGGAUGGCGUCAUGACGCAAUACACUACUUUUUCAAAUGUGAUAUGUGCAAGCCAAAUGCGGAAUUAGUGCAAAAGCGAUAUAUUACGAUGUGCAAAGUGAUUAAAAGUGUGUCAUAUAUAUCCGGAUGAUGAAAAAUUAAAGCGAAUGCUAACAGUGUACCCGUGUGAAGUAUUGAGGAAUAGCCGUGCGUGUGCCAUAAUUAAUUUAUUGCUUAAUGGUUGUUUACCCAAUCAUCCCACGUUCAGCUUCUGUGCAUGAUGUAUUCAGACAACCCGAACUACUUCGAUGAAGAGGUUGCUACAAAGUGCGGUGAAACAAACAACAAAAGUUUCUUCCUGUUCAAGAAGCGACAUUCCUCGGGCAAAUUGAUAACAUCAAAGCCCGUCUCCAUAAACACCGAACCUCUUCCGGGGGCUCACAAGCGUCGCGGAAGUUUGAAAGGAUUGCUACGGUCCCGCAGCAAUAGCACCACAUCGCCAUCGGUCAAAGCGGGAGCCGACCCGUCGAGUACUAGGAAGCACAGCACGCUUGAUUACCGGAACCAGGGUGCCAGCAGCAUCCGCGACCGGUGGGAUUCUUUUAAUGAUUCGUUUUCGGAAAACAGCGCCAACGAUGAUGUGUUCUAUUCGAAUUCCAUUGACUCGAAGUGCAGCAGCUUGCAGCAGGGGCGGAGAGAGAUUCUUCGAAGCGAGGAAGCAAUCUCCAGCGAAACAAGGCGGCAUUCGAUUGGAACGUUCAUGAUGAAGGAGCACAUGCGGACCGGAUCAAUUUCUGAUGAGGUUCCUAAAAUGCUGGCUCCAAAGGCCCCUACUGUAACCAAAGGCAUCCAAAGACAAGGUGAAAGCCUCAUGAGUACAGUUGACGAUAUCCUGUUUGUCACUUCGCGGCACAAUGAGCAGGCAAUGAUGUGGGUGAAUCAUUUGAAGACGUGCUUCGAUAAAAUAACAAAACAGCGUGGCCGGUUACCGUUCAACUUCCUGCACGUUAAAAUCGACGAAGAUCAAAUAACCCACCAAUUAGCUCACCGGUGCCAGUUCACGAAGCUGCAGAUUGUGAUUGUGUGCCCGACGCUACUCUCGUUGUCGUCCCAAUUUUUACAAUCCAAUUUGAAGCUACUGCUGAAGCCGGAGCGAGUAUUGGGCAUGCUGUUGGACGUCGCCGAAGGACGCGUGUGGGAAAUCCACAAGACCACAUUCCCGGCCUACAAUAAAUGGCGCACGUGUGUCGUGGGCGACCACGAACAAUCCUUCGUUAGUGAAUUACUCGGUAUCGCGACGGACAUUCUCGGACGUGCUCUGCGGCAGCAACCGCUGCUCAGCUCCGACGUAGCCAAUGUAGUUGCAUCGCCAAAAGCAGCAACGGCAGCCUCCCAUUCAACAACUGGACAUCAGGAGGCAUUCACUUUGUUUCCCCGAAAGGUGAAAGUGGGGCAAAGUAAAAUUAUCGCCAUACUCAAUGAACCGAUGGUCAAGGACGAUUGGAUCAAGAUAAAAAUUGAAAAGGCUAAUGAGAUAAUCGAAAUAACUAACAUCAAGAGGAGGAAUCCGUACACUAUUCAGUUUAAUAUCCCAGAGUCAUGUAUGGAAAUUUCCAUGAUGAUUGGGAUACGGGUGGAGAAGAACAGCAUCGAUUUGGGCUGCCGCCCUCUCAAAUGCGAAAGUCGCUUGCGUGAGCUCGAGCAGAUACUGAAGUCACAGGACGCUCCGAUGGACUUCUUAUGCCAAUCGAUCGGCAUCGCCAUAUCGGAUCGAGACAAGCUGGACACAUACCUGCUGCACUCGUUUCAGCGCAAUAUUCCUCCCAACUUUCACCUGCUGAACUCAGUUGAUGCGGGCGAGGGCCUUAAAACCCAUCGCGAAACAAAUCCGGAAGAGUACCCAACUCUGCUACAUUUCGCGGCUUAUUGGGGUCUUGAAAAGCUCUGCUUACAGUUAAUGGACUGUCCGGGAGGAGAUGUUGCUUGCGAGAUGAGAAACAUUUCUGGACGUACACCUGCGGAUUUGGCAGAAAUAGGAAGCCAUUUCAAAUUGGCAAACAGUUUCAAGAAUUUCUCGCAAAUGCACGAGUUCACCACAAUGUACCAUUAUUUUAAGGGUAUUAGUGAGGCAUCACCAAAUAAAAUAGUUAUUGAACCUAAAUCAUCAUCAACCAAAUCUGCAAAUAACACAAAAGAAUCAUUGCCAAUUGUCAAAUCAGCACCGCAUGCUGGUAGUGCCCCUCGCCAUCCUCACCACCAGAGCGAAGGUUACAUGGAAAUGAACGGCAGCGGCAGUGACAUUGAAUCUAGUCAGUGCGAAGGCUUCAAUUCGGUAUCGAAUUUGAAUUAUUUAAAUGUGGAAGCGUUAACUGGAGGUGGACAUGAUGAAGUUGACUUCGUGCCCAUCGAUUCACAAAAGCAGUUGGAGAAAGACAAGGAGAUUUUGAACAAUCUGAAUAGUAGCCACGACGUCAGUACAGGAAGAGAGCAUGAGAUAUUGUUCAAUGAGCUUAGAAUAACCGAACCGGAAUACUUCGAGUCCAGUGAUAUCAACAAAAGCGACACAUUCAGCCAAGAAUGUUCUAACUUGUUGGAAAAUUGUAACGUGUAUUGCAAUAACGAGUUUGAUUAUUUAAUACAACCAUCUAACUUACCAGUGAGAAACGCUGAGUCUGAAAGUGAUUACUCAGUUCAGCCAUCGAAUAUUCCCAUUCACGAAUACAGUAAUUUUGAUUUUGGCAAUGAAUAUCAAAAUAAUCCUAGUAAUAAGCAAAUUAACGUAAAUCAAGAGGCUGGUAGAGAGAUUUCACAUCUACGUUUGAGUUUUAAGAAAAAAGAUCAAGAUAGUGACUGCAAACCAAAGAGUUCUACCUUGAAGAGGCAAGAAAGCAACUCAUCAAAAAAAUCUGUAGAUGACGAACUGCUGGAAAUAAUAACAGACUUCAAAAACAAUGUGUUCACCAUUCAGGAAGUUGAACAGCUAGUGGACUCUUGGAAGUCACGUAAUGACGUCCAGAAGAGUUUCAAGGAUAAAGCUGAGCAGUUACAAAGAAUGCGAGAGGAAUACGAGCGGAUUCAGCAACAAAUGAAAGAAAAACUAAAAAGACCAACCCCCUUCGAGAGGAUGAAGAAAAUGUUCACAAAAAGUAAGCACACCCCAUCAAAGAAAGUGAAUGCCAUUGCCACAACUCCGUCGGACGUUUGUGACGACAUCAAAUUUUCAAUGCUGUCACCAACGUCGAACUCACACCGACCAGUCAGCUCAACCAGCCUGCAAAGCAUAUCGAGCGGAUCAUCUGGCCGCAUGAGUACGCUAAGCGGUGCUAGUGUCGGGGAUAGCGGCACACAUUCCGACUCGGAUGAACGCAAAUUUGGGUUUGUGAACAAAGACAACAAUAGAAGCAGUUUGAUGGACAAUUACAUGAUCCCUCCAGCCCCAAGGCCAGUGAUCACACCAGCGGGAACACCAACUCCUGUGGAGGAGAAGGAUCGACCUUGUUUCAGUUCUGCAAUUGCAAACGAGCAUUAUUGUAUAUUCCCUUCGAACAUACCGGUAUUUCAGGAGCCUUACAAUGACUACGUCAAUACUCCGUGUUCACUGCCGUUGAAUCGCAUUGAUGAAACCAAAGAAUCGGAGAAUCAAGUGCAACCCAUCAAGAUUCAACGACACGAAAUUAUUUACUCACAAUUGGAAAAUGUGAGACCCACACUGAGUUCGUUUAGGACCUCUCUAGAUGACAGCCAAACUUCGAGUAUUGAUGAAAAAUAGUUAAGGUAACAUAGACAUUAUUUAAAUAACGAAUGCAUACAUUUAUAUAUGCUGAAACUGUGACUAAAUGAUUGUAAACGUAAACGAGACCGUGCAUGUAUAUACCCUUUAGACACAUAAGUACGCUCGAUACUCAUAAAUUUUUUAGAGGCAACUUGAAUAUUAUUCCUAAUUACGCGCAGCUGGUAAAAUAUAUACAGAUUAUUUAUUCCGCAAA